UGCUUGCUUGCAAUUUUACCAUAAACAAUGUGUUUUCAUAUUUUUAAUCUAUUAAUUUUAGCUCCUUACGAUUUACGAAUUGGCAUUUUCAACUAAAAGUUUUACAGCUAUAUAUUUGAAAUAUAUAUUUAUAAUUGAAUAAGAUUAAUAAAGGUUGACUUUAGACAAUUAUUCUAAAUUUAAACUGGUACCAAUAGGAAGAUGCCGAAGAAACCGCCAAGAAAUGCAUUCUACUACUACAUGCUGGACUUCAGGGAAAACCAGAAGAAGUUGGACAUCACUUACCAAAGUCUAAAGGAGGUGGCAGAAGCUGCAGGACCAUCCUGGAAGACCAUCUCACCAACCGCAAAAGCCAAAUACGAAGCUAUGGCUAGAAAAGAGAGGGGUACAAACCAGAAGUUCACAUCUACUGGUGUGCCUCUCGCGUAUUUGGAGCAGCAACAAAAAGAAAUGCAGCUUGUGGAGGAGGCUGAACUCAAAGAUAUCAAGAACAUUAUCAAUCUUAAGUGUUUUAAUCAAAGUAUUCUGGAUGAAGACUUCUUCCUGUUGGAUGUGAUUGAGUUGUGCAAAGCUGGACCGGACUAUCUCAUUGGAGAGUUCACUGUCUUACAGUUUAACCUGCGUGAAGGCAUUAAGAACAGUUAUCACGAGUUUGUUAGACCAGUUAUGAUACCAAUAGGCUUCGCGCACGACGUGAAGCUGUCAUUGAGGACCUACGGCCUUGACACGCUGGACGACAGCCUACCCAAGGAGAACUACGUGCAGAUCCUGGCCAACAUCAUAGACUAUCUGAAACAGAAUGAUCGUGGCACGAACACACUACCGCCCAUAUUCACAAUGCCAGAGAAAGUUGAGCCGAUACAGAAUUUUAUAUGGCAGCUGUGUAACAGAGCUGCCGAGGACGACGCGCUAUUCCGCGUAUACAAGCUGGACACGAUGUUCUUCACGCUGGCCAACGCGAUUCGCAGCGGCGACAACGAGGGGUUCCCGAAGGAGUCGCUCGCCACCGCGCAGCUGAACAAGGACUUGUUCAAGUACACGCCCGGGUUGGCUUGCGAGCACCAUGAGACCGUGGACAAAAGCAACGAGUGCACAUCCUCUCGCGUGAAGCGCUGGGCAUACACAAUCCUGGACGUGUGCUGCCCACUGCUGGGCAUCGCCGCGCAGCCCGGGAAACACGUGCCGCACGACUUCGAUAUAGACAGCAUCCUCUCGUACAAGGAAGAGAAGCGUGAACGAGCGCUACCGAGUGUAGCUCGUCGGCAGGUGCCGCACGACAGUAUGUCGUCUUGCAGUUCGUCGAUCAUUAACGACACAGUCGACGAUUCCACCGUGUAUAGCUUUAACGCCUCCCAUACCAGUGCUCCAAAGGGCAAGAGGACCUACACGCCGCUGCGUAUGCCGAGGACUGAUUAUUCGCAACGUCUCCAACAAGCCCCCGAGCUGACCGAGACGAACUUCCCAACGCUCGGCAGUACAGGACACGGCAGAGGUCGCGGCCUCGCGAGCAGUUUCGAUCGGAUGAACUUGAAGAAGUAAAUAAAAAUUAAGAAUAACUUGCAAUGUGCCAACGUAUCAACAAGAUUUCAUUGUGAAUUUGUAAUAAGCUAAAAUAAAUGACUAUUUUUCUGUGUUUUAUGAAUCUCGGUGUUUAAGUAUACAUGGUGCUGUAAAAGCGUAAAUAUUGAACUUUUCAGGGCACGCUGUAUAACGUAGUAGUUGUGACAUUGUUUAUACGCACAAAAAGAACUAUCAAAAAACUUAGUAAAUAUGUCUUAAGUCAUAUCUAAAUUUGUUCCAUCAUCAUUGAACAUAUUUUGUACCAGAGUGAAUAGAGGCACAUAGUGAUAAACUCGCCAUGUUGAUAACUUCAUACAAUUGGAAACAACGUGUUUCAUGUCCUACAGAAUUAGAAUAUCUUGAUAAAAUUAAUAAUAUUAGAACUUAAACGGGUCCACUAGAAUUUAUUGUUUUAAAAAAUAUUGUUAUUUGUUAUCUUCAAAGUUAAUGACAUUUAUUGUUAUUUUUUUUAUUUGUUAUCUGUGAUGACACAUAUUUUUAGUUGGAUUUGGUAAGGCCUAAAAAUAAAUGUCUAAUGAUUCUCUCUUUUGUUGUUUUCUACAAGUCUAAAUACAUUACAUUUACAUUUGAUAGUGCAAAGCCCAUUUUACUCUAUUAUUAAUACCUCCAGAUAAUGUAGGAAACAAUAUAUUUAGUAGCAAUGUUCAAUGUUACGUAAUAUAAGCUCUUGAUUUAAACCAGUAUUCCGUUUACUAGCCGACUAUGACACGCCACUUUACUAUAAGAAACCCGAAAAAUUAAUAAAUGCAGCUCAGUUUCUCCACUUGUAAGAAAUAGUUGCUAAGAAAAGUAUAAUAAAAAUAUUGAUAAUAUCAGAAACUUCAAUCAUAAUGUAAUGCAAUAAUUUUAGACAUGUCGACAAAUAUUGAGAAAUCCUAUCAAAUAACACCCUAAAUCAGUUGAUUUAGCGCUUUAUUUGACAUUUUCACAAGCACAGUUUUUACCAACUUUUCCCGUGAACUUCGGAUGAAUUUUUUUCUCGAUAACAGAGACAAAUUUUCAACAUUAUCCGAACACAUCUUAUGUAUGGUUUGAUAUUUUACACCUAAUUUUACCUAUCUUUAAGUUCUAGAAAUGCUGAUGAGAACAGAAACGAGUGACCAUGCGUAUCGUAUGCGAAAAAUAUUGAGUACAUUCUGAUUACCUUAGAACCUUUUGGAUAUAGGUAUAUAAUCCAAAAGGUUUGACAAAUAUUGCAAGUUAUUCGAAAUAAAUAUAUUGACUUUUUCCAAUAUACUGUGAUUACAAUAUGUGAUUACGAAUUAAAUAUAAAGUACGGUGGCAAAGCCGUAUGAAAUCAAAAAUUUCUCUUGUGAUCGUGGGUUUGUGACUCGGACUUAAGUCUUUGUUGUAAAUCUUAGCAUAAGUUUAAAGUUAUAUUUUUUGUGCGUAGUUCUAGUAUUCUUUAUUAAAGAAUUAAAUGUC